AUGGAUGAAAUUGUGCUGCCGCCAAGAAUGUUCGCGGCUGGUGAUGAACCGGUGGGUGAGCGUGUUAAUUCGUAUCACAAGAUUAAGACCACCAGAUCAAUAAUCGCCGCACUCGAACCAGAGGAGUUGGAGUUUCUUUCGAAUUCUACAUUCGGGAGGAUUCUUGCAAUUGAUGAUAACCCUCCGUUUUCUGGGGCUUUUGGACAACACGUUAUCGUCCGACUCCUCAAAGUCAACAAAAAGUACGAGUUUUGGUUUCUCUUUGCCGGAAACCCAGUCAGAAUGUCCCUCCGAGAGUUUGCCAUCGUCACCGGUUUGAACUGUGCAAAGAUCCCGGCGCAGAAGAAGAAGAAAAACCCAUUGAAAGAGAAGCUGUACUGGAAUGAACUCUUUGGGUCUCUGAAGUUCUGCACCGUCGAAACAGCCAUCGACAUGUUGGAGAACAAGGUCGUAAAAACAAGAGAGUUGCGAAUCAAAAUUGCUUGUCUUGCGAUUACCUCCUCCAUUCUCUUUCCCUCAUCACACACACCCCGCAUCAUCCCUGAACAUGUUGAGUUGAUUCGAGAUCUAGAUGAGUUUCUGGCCUUCCCCUGGGGCAGAGCCUCGUACCUUACUCUUGCGUCCUCAAUUAAGGGGAAGGAUGAGAUCGCAUUGUCACAAACAUCUGUUGCGAUACGUGGUUACGUUGAGGCAAUUCAGUUGAUUAUGCUUGCUGCCAUCCCAGAGCUUAAAGAAGAAGUCACCCAAUCCGAACGUGUUGUCAUAGUUGAUACAGAAAGCGACGGCGAGUCCAACAUAGGCGCAGAAGCGUCUGAGGAUGUUAACGUUGCCGGUCAGGUCAAACCACCCCAGGCGACUAAGUAUUGUCUCAUACCCGGUCAUGCAAAGACCGCAGAUUCCGAAUGCAAGGUGUUUGUAAAGUCUAUUCUCGAUGAUCCAUACGAGGAGUGGUCUGCUGGCUUAGAUUUCAGUUGGGCUGAUGAGUCUGAUGAUCUGGCUCUUGACCACAUGGUCCUAUUGAUAAGUGAGGGUUUUGUUUUCAGAAAGGAAAUGUUUAAAGGUGGUCUUACCGCCAAUGAUCUUUCUCGGAUGAGGGGAGAAAAGAAACUGAAGGAGAAAGAACCGAAAGACAAAAACGAUAAGGAUCACGUUGCGGAGGUUUCAGAAGGCGAGGGAUCCUCUGAUUUCGUCGAUAUGAUACGCUCAAUGGAGAACCGUAUAUAUCAAGCUCUGGAUGCCAAGUUUGAGAAACUUGUUUCUCCUACCAGUCAAUCUCAGCACGCUGCUCUCCUCCAGUCUACCGUGUCAAGAUGCCUCCAGGACAUUGAUAAGAAGAUCGGCGAUUCUCUUGCUCGUCAACUGAAGGAUAUGCAAGCUUCAAUAAUAAAAGGUGUAAUUGAUGUCCUUGGCCAACCCAGCUCCACUCAAGCUGGUCUCGUAGGCAAUACCAGCAACUCCAAAGAACCACCCGUGUUUGAUUUCACCACCCAAUCCGAAGCUGCAGAUUCCCGCAUCAAUAACGUUCUGCGUGAUCUGAAUGUAGUCGUGGAUGUUUCUCACCCUGUAACCAUAGAAGGUUCACUGGAACCACAAAAUCAACAAGUACCAGAUGCUGAUGACUCACAACCCCAGGCGGAGGAGCAUAUAGAGGAGCAGCUACACGAUAGUGCACCUAUGGAUCAGUCUGAGCAACAAAUUGAUGCUAACACUGAGACGGAACUGUCGGAGCAACAAGUCGAUGCUAACACUAAGUCUGUACAGGAAGUUACUGGUCAACCUGCUGUUGAACUGCCAUCUUUCUCACUCGGACUAACGCAGGAGGGUUCGACCGUUGGCAAGGAGUCGGAUCAUCCGACAAACUAUGUUUCAGCACCCAUGGAACAUGAUGAAGAGGCUGGGGCACAACGUAAGAGCAAAAGGGCUAAGAUUACUCCGGUUGGUCUCCAAGACUACAAGUGUGAUCCGAAAGUAACAUCUGUUCAAGCCAUAAUACCUGAUCUCGACCAACGUUUUCAGCUCAUUGAGGAGAAGUUGCAAAAUGAAGCGAAAGUCUUACUUCACGGGGGGUAUGCACUGACUCCAGCUGAGUUUUGUGAUAUUGCUCAUCGCCAGUCCAUAUUACCUUCUGGGAUCGUGGACGCUCUGAUCGGAAUUGUGAAUCGUGGUUCGGCCGCCAAUCCCAAAGUUGCCAUUUACGACACUUCCCUUCCAGUUGCUAUAAUGGAGCACCACAAUCGCUUUGUCAAGACAGCAGUCAAAGACCGUGUGAAGCUCAAAUUCAGCAAUAUCCCCCUGGUAACCCCUAUUCCAAAGGUGCCCGAGAGGAUAUAUUUCCCAUUUAACAUGGACAAGCAACACUGGGUUGGAGUCUGCAUUGAUACAAAAGCAAGCACACUCAAUGUCUUCGAUUGCAAAACCUCCCUUCGAAGUGACAGUUUGCUGAAGAAGGAGUUCACCCCCAUUGCUAACCUGAUCCCGUAUGUUCUCAAGCACGUCGGAUAUACAGAAGCCAAUGCUGUGAUUAAGCCCUUUACAGUCUCCAGAUGCAAGGGAAUCCCGCAAAUCACCGCUAAUACGGAUGCAGCAGUCAUGACAGUGCUGUUUAUUGAAGCUCACGCCGUCGAUGGUCUUGUUGGUUGCAAGGCAGUCAGUACUCGUUUGCUCCCAGUUGCAUCCAAGCAAUUGGCUGUUAAACUCUGGGAUUACAUAUCGGCUUAACUGUUCUGUUAAGUGUGUUGUUUCUUACUUUUCGCUACACUACAAGAUGUUGUCUGUUUCGUUUUAGUCUUGUCUCCCCCCUGGAUUUUAAAACUCUAUGUUUGUGUUUAUUACAUUGUGGCUUUAUCUUA